GACCUGUUGUCGUUUAUCCAAUUGAACCUCGCCAAGCCGUUAGCGUCUGGCUUUAACACGGCCAAUCCAGCGUUCUUGGGCUACGUCGUUGGUGGGGUGCUACCUCAGGCCAACGUGUUGGACUACUACAUCCACUCGGUCGACGCCAUAUCGAUCGCAUGGCACACUGCUCCGUUCCUCACUCGCCUCGAAUCGAACGUGAUCCAAUGGUUCGGGCACAUCGCCGGCUACCCCCGCCACACGUCGUUUGGUAUUUUCUCGGAAGGUGCUAGUACUGCCAACUUCAAUGCGACCGUCGUCGCGCGGCAAAAGAAGUUUCCGACAUCGGAAAACCUCCACCUUGCAACCAUGUACUGCUCGAGCGCUGCGCACUUUUGCGUGUCGCGCGCCGCCCGGAUGGCUGGCAUUGUGCCGACGAAUUGCCGAUUGAUCCCUACCGACCCCGCGACGGGCAGCCUGUCGGUAGCCGCGCUAGAGGCGCAGCUGCAAGCGGACGUAGCCGAUGGGUUGGUGCCCUUCCUGCUCGUGGCGACUAUAGGCACCACGUCGCUUGGAGCGAUGGACAAUGUCGGCGCCAUGGCUGGGCUGGCCAAGCAGUAUGCGUGUCAUUUGCACUGCGACGGGGCCCUGGGGGGGUUCUUUCUCCUCACCGAACGCGGCCAACAACUCAUGCCAGAUGUGGCCUUAUCUGACUCGGUUUGCUUUGACUUUCACAAGGGGAUGGGGUUGCCGAGUGCUACGUCGCUGCUCGUGGUCAAGGACAGACACGACUUGGUGGCCGCCUUUGGAUCGUCCGACGAGAUGGAGUACGUCAAGCAGGUGACGACGGCGGCGACUCAGCGAGUUAAUUCAAGUCCCCACCCCCACACAGCGCACAAGUUUACGUUUUGUACGGAAAGUGAAUUCGACGCGGACUUGGUCUCGUUUGCCGACUGCAGCCCCGACUUGUCCAGGGCGGGCAAGGGGCUCAAGGUAUGGUGGACCAUCAAAUUGCAUGGUCUGGAUGCGUGGACAGCGCACUUCAACCAUUUGCUUGACAUGGCCGAGGCAGCGCGAAGUGAGCUCGCCGCGCUGCCUGGGGUGGAGGUCACGGUGGGACACUUAAACGUUGUGACGUUCCGAGCCUCAGCCAAUGGCAAGUCUGUCGCUGAAUGCAACAAGGACACCAAUACCCUCUUGGCUCGUGUAAACGCACGGAACAAUGUUUACCUCUCCACGGCAUCGACGGUGGACCAGGACGGCCACAAGUACGACACGUGUCGCGCGUGCUUUCAGCAUGUCAAUAUCUCGCUCGGAACGGUCGAGUUGUUGCUGACUGAACUGCGCGAGUGCCUGUGCCCGUAG